AUGGCGACAGCACGAGCCGCGCAAGCGGCCAUUGCCCGUAGGCAUGUGCCAUCUCGAAUUUCAUCCAUACUGAGCACAGCCAGGCCAACAAGGCGGAUACCGACCUCCUUGAUUCAGCAUGCCUCCCCGAUAUGUACGCACGCAUCGCGCAUGUCAGUACGCACAUAUGCCACUGGUCGUCCGCGUGGCCCUCCUCAGCCUCCCGGUGGCACCCAUCGAAUGGACAUGGGUGGGGGCGAGCCGCAAAAGCCUGCGUUGGAGGAGUACGGCGUCGACUUGACCCAGCGCGCAGUCGAUGGAAAGCUCGAUCCGGUCAUCGGCCGCGACGCUGAGAUCCAUCGGACCAUCCAGAUCCUGUCGAGGCGGACGAAGAAUAACCCAGUCUUGAUUGGUGCCGCUGGUACAGGCAAGACUGCCAUACUCGAAGGGCUGGCACAGCGCAUAGUCAGAGGAGAUGUGCCAGAGUCGAUAAAGAACAAACGAGUCAUCUCAUUGGAUCUGGGACAGCUCAUAGCAGGAGCGAAGUUUCGUGGAGACUUCGAGGAGCGCUUGAAAAGAGUGCUCAAGGAGGUCGAAGAUGCCCAUGGUGGUGUGAUCCUGUUCGUUGAUGAGCUACACACACUUCUCGGUCUGGGUGAGCCUACUGUGCAGGACACUAUAUCAAUCCUCAGAGGCAUUAAAGAUCGCUAUGAAGUCCACCACGGUGUGAGAAUCACCGACAGCGCGCUUGUUGCGGCUGCCACUUACUCGAACCGGUACAUCACCGAUCGCUUUCUACCAGACAAAGCCAUUGAUCUUGUAGACGAAGCGGCUUCUGCAUUACGUCUUCAGCAAGAAUCCAAGCCAGACAGCAUCCAGACGCUCGACCGAGAAAUUAUGACUAUCCAGAUCGAGCUAGAAUCUUUACGCAAGGAAACCGACAUCGCCUCAAAAGAACGACGUGAGAAGCUCGAGACCACUUUGACCACCAAACGAGCCGAGGCAGAUCGCCUGACCAAGAUCUGGGACAAGGAGCGCGGCGAGAUCGAGAACAUCAAGAAAACCAAAGAAGAAAUCGAAAAGGCCAGACAGGACCUUGAACUUGCCCGCCGCAAUAACAACUUCGCGCGGGCAUCCGAAUUGCAAUACUCGGUAAUCCCUCGCCUCGAAGGCCAACUCCCAGCCGACAACGCCGACAACAGCUCACAGUCCUCCUCCAGCGAAACCCUAAUCCAUGACUCCGUCACAUCCGACGACAUCGCCGGCGUCGUCUCCCGCACCACCGGCAUUCCCGUCACGAAACUCAUGGCAGGCGAAGUCGAGAAGCUCAUCUCGAUGGAAGACAAACUCCGCUCGCACGUCCGCGGCCAAGAUGAAGCGCUCACCGCCGUCGCCAACGCCGUGCGCAUGCAGCGUGCCGGCCUCAACGGCGAGAACCGCCCAUUGGGCUCCUUCUUCUUCCUCGGCCCGACCGGUGUGGGCAAGACCGAGCUCUGCAAACAACUCGCCAACUUUUUGUUCUCGACCGAAUCCGCCGUCGUGCGCUUCGACAUGUCUGAGUUCCAAGAGAAGCACACUAUUUCCCGCCUCAUCGGCGCCACCGCAGGGUACGUUGGGUAUGAGGACGCAGGCCAGCUUACUGAAGCCGUGCGUCGGAAACCCUACGCUGUUCUCCUCUUCGACGAGUUCGAAAAAGCACACCGCGAUGUGUCCUCGUUACUCCUGCAAGUCCUCGACGAGGGUUUUCUCACGGACAGCCAAGGGCACAAGGUCGACUUCCGCAAUACGCUCAUCGUCUUCACCUCGAACCUCGGCGCCGACAUCCUCGUCGCUGGCACAGGGGAGUCCGUCACGCCCGAGCAGAAGUCGAUGGUGAUGGACAUCGUCCAGUCGAGCUACGCGCCGGAGUUCCUGAAUCGGAUAGACGAGUUCAUUGUGUUCAAUAAGCUCAGCAAGAGCGCGUUGCGGGAUAUCGUGGAUAUCAGGUUGAAGGAGCUGCAGGGCAGGCUGGAGGAUCGGAGGAUGACGAUCGAGAUGGGUGAGGAUGUGAAGGAUUGGCUGUGCGAUAAGGGCUAUGAGCCGCGGUAUGGUGCGCGGCCGUUGAAUCGGCUGAUCAGCACGGAGAUCGGGCGGAAGCUGGCGGAGAAGAUUAUCAGGGGGGAGUUGGUGACUGGUGCGACGGCGAAGGUUGUGAUUGCUGAGGGUGGUGAGCAUUUGGCGGUCGAAGUCUGA